AGCAACUCAUAAAUCUCAGCAUAAAACCAACAGCCUCUCAAAGUAUCAAAAUAAAUCACAUCAUCAUCUCAGGCUUCUCAUCUUAUAAAUCUUCCACCAAAUCCGAAAGAAAAAAGACACCCAACGUUGAUUAAGUCUCUAACUAUGGAAAUAGUUCGACGUUUAGUAGAAGAAAAGCCGGUAGUGAUAUUCAGCAGGACUUCCUGUUGUAUGUCCCACUCAAUGAAACAACUUAUCAGCGGCUAUGGAGCAAAUGCGACAGUUUAUGAGCUCGAUGAAACUCCCGAGGGCCACGAAAUUGAUAGUGCAUUGCAAAAACUUGGGCAAGAGCCCAGUGUUCCUGCACUCUUUAUUGGACAAAGGUAUGUUGGUGGAGCUAAAGAAAUCAUAAGCCUACAAGUUCAAGGCAGACUGGUACCAUUGCUAAGGGAAGCCAAGGCUAUCUGGGUUUGAUAAUGCAUCAAAUUUGCAAUUUUAUUAUUUUUCAUUUCUAUUUACUCACUUUCUCAACUUUUUUAAAAAAAGCCUCACUUCUGUAUCUAGUUCAGUCCUCAGAUCAAGGCUGGAACCAGUUUUGUAGAUCAAGAUUAAACAUUUAUAAUGAAAUAUAAGUUACCAGUACUUCCACAA